AUGGUCAAUGAGUGUCCUGAUGAGAAUGACUGGAUAGGCCCCCCCAGCCAUAGUAAUGGAUCUACAAAGUCUGUUCCCAUCAACCCAGACCAGACUUGUGGAGACGGCUGGGUGUGUGAGCACAGAUGGCGUCAGAUCAAGAACAUGGUUAUUUUCCGUAACGUAGUCAACGGACAGCCUCACUCCAACUGGUGGGACAAUGAAAGCAACCAGGUCGCCUUUGGACGUGGCAAUCGUGGUUUCAUCAUCUUUAACAAUGAUGACUGGGAUCUGAAUGUGACCCUGAACACUGGCAUGCCUGGCGGAAUCUACUGUGAUGUAAUUUCUGGCCAGAAGGAAGGAAACAGGUGCACUGGAAAGCAGAUCAAUGUUGGUGGUGAUGGCCGCGCCCAUUUCAACAUCAGCAACAGAGAUGAGGACCCCUUCAUUGCUAUUCAUGCUGAUUCCAAGCUGUAAACGCAUCCUGUGCAUCUUAAAAUAAAGCGUAUUGUUCAGCAGAA